UACCACCCCCUCCAGAGUCACAGAACUGGCCUUUGCGUCAAGCUCUUUCUUUUGAGUCUGGCCGACAUUUACAACAAGCGAUCUCUUCUUACAACUCCACUCCUCUGCUAAACCCUCCAUCGAGCCUGGUCGAUGGCCCGGGUGCCGCAGUUCCGCCCGUCGCACAUCCUCGCAUGCAUAGUUGCACCCCCCGGUCUUCUCGAGCCGCUCAGUGACCAAAAUCACUUUGACCUAUGAACGGUCACUCAGGGACCAUGUCGCCUGUCUCUGUGGAUGGGAGUGACUGGUCUGGGAUCAACCAAUACAAUAAAACCGACCCGCCCUUUUCCCCGACUUUUUCGACACGCAGCAAUCUCGCGACACCGCCAACAUCAGGCGUCCCCAGUGGCUCGUCGACGGUGGAGGGAAUCCCAAAUGGCUCCUCGGGCCCGCUGAGCGAUGCUGGCAACCCGUCUCCGCCGAGCUCCGUGGCCGCGCGAUCGAGCGAUGGGACCUUACCCGACCGCACCAAGCGGCAGAGGCGGCUGGAGGAAGUCCUGGGCCAACACUACGUCGCUCUGCGCCGGUUUCUCCAAGGCCCGUAUCGGGAAGAUCGCCUAAAUAGCAAAUCGAACAAAGCUCGCGACAAGCUGCUGCGACUCUCGCCCACCCAGUUCCACGAGCUCAGUACGGACGUCUACGAUGAACUACUCCGACGACAGCAGGCAAUGCCAUCGCCCUCCCGGCCCCCUCGUCCCGAUAUCCCUCCGUUCCUCACCCCGCGAAAGGAGUUCCACGAGAAGCGCAAUCAGGCACGGAAGAAGCUGGCUUCGCUGCAACACCAACGGUUCAGAGAUCUUGCGACGGAUGUGUACACGGAACUCGAGCGUCGGUUUCCGCAGUUCCCAGCCCGAGAUACCAGUCGCGCCGUCAGUCCCGCCCCGAGCUUUCGCGGACGCCCUCCUCCCACUCCCACCGGCUUUCCGCCCAAUGGGUUUCCUCCGCCGGGCCCCGGGGGCCGCAACUCACAGAACCGGGGACCCCCACGGUAUCCGCCCGGGGCGAUGCCGCCUCCGAGUCCGAUGCGUUACCCCCCACGCCAGGGUUCCUUAGGAGGCCCACCGCCUAGCAUGAACGGAGAUGGCCCCACGGCGAAGUCGUUCCAGAGCAACACAAUUGUUCCCAAUAAAAGUACCAUGGUGGAGGAUGAUGACGACGCGGCGGGUACGGAAGACGACUACGAUGCGCGCAGUGAUGCGUUUGCCCUGGAUGUGGUUCUCAACAGUAGGAGAGGGACCGGGACAACUUUAGGAGAUGGUGACCGCAAAAUGCUGGCCGAGACCCAGUCGCAGGUGUCUUUCCUCCAAGAAAAGGUGACAAAGCUAGAGGAGCUGCUCAAAUUGAGGGAUCAGGAGCUUUCAAAUUACGAGGAAGACCAGAGCAAAUUGGGCAUGCUGGAAGAGUUGGUCAAAACGAAAGACGAGGAGCUUUCAAGAUAUCAGGAAGAACAAGACAAAUCACAGAUCAGUGUCGCAGAACGCCAAGAGUGGGAGGAUAUCAAGUCGGACUUGGAGAGCAAAAUAACGCAGGCCGAAGAUCUGAACCACUCCCUUCAGCAAGAACUCGAAAAGGUCCGGACUGAACAGCAGGAUAUUGAGAUGGAACUGCGCAGUCAGAUCGAUCAGGUUUCGCGGCAGAGCACGGGUGAUGCUGAGUUGCAGGCCAAAUUCAGUAACCUUGAAAUCAAGCACCAAAGCUUGCAGACGGAGCUGCAAGAGCAACAAAGGGUGACCGAAGAAGUCAGGCGGGAGGCAGCAGGGUUCCUCGUGGAGAUGAGGGCCUUAUCGGAACAGAGCCAUACCAAGUGGGAGCAGGAAGAGCGGCUUACGACGGAGGUCCAUCGACUGGAAGAGGAGGUAAAACAAUGGAAGGCACGGUACGCCAAAGCGAAGACUCAACUACGACAGCGCACCUCAUCCAUCGGCAUGUCGGAAUUGCGCGCAGAUGCCGCGAGCGUCGUGAAGGACAACGAAUUUAUCCAGGAGACGGGCCUCGUCAUGGAUGUGCAUGUGACCAAAUUCCAGAUCUCCAUCGACGAACUGCUGCGCAUAGCGCGGGAGGAUGACCCUCAGCUGGUCAUGCAGCAGAUCAAAGCCGUCGUUGUUGCCGUGCGCCACGUCCUUCACGAUGUAGAGUUGCGCAAAGAGAGCAACGAGGAGCUCUCCGCGCUGAGUGCCAAGGCCACCCGCAAAGUAUCUGCCACUGCAAACAACAUGAUUACUGCGACCAAGAAUUUCGCCAGCUCCGGUGGACUCUCCCCGCUUUCUCUCCUGGAUGCUGCAGCUUCGCAUUUGUCAUCUGCAGUUAUUGGGCUGAUCCGCAUCGUGAAAAUUCGGCCCACUCCGGCAGACGAAUUGAACGAUGACGAGAACGACGAAGCGCAAGUCGCCCAGAUGAAGUCCCCCGACUAUUUCAGUGUGGCGCCCAGCCAGGGUCGGCUCAGCCGUAACGAUUCCGUUUACAGUGCCAUGAGCGCUCCUGCUGAGCACGAAGUUGCCUCGCCCGGUAUGAAUGCAGGAAUGCAUACAAUGUAUCCCGUGAAGUCUGUGGACCACGAGCUCCAUGAACUCAAGUACUACCUCGAGGAUCAAACGGACGGACUCGUUCAGUCGAUCCAGGCUCUUGUUGCUAGCAUUCGCUCUGAACAAGGCCUCAACACCAUCAGCACCCAUAUCUCUGCCAUUUCUUCCGUGGUGUCCCAGGUAAACUCCUCCACGCAGCACUACAUCAGUGGUCCUGAAGUCAGUCCCACUCUGCGUCAACGUGCCGGCUCCAUCAUCCAGACCUUGGAACAGCACCGGGACCGGCUGACAGGCACCGCCGCCGAGGGCGAAGGGGUCUCUGAUUUCGUCGAGCUCCGCGCCAUCACCAACAAACUUCCGCCCAUUGCCUUUGAGAUCGCUCGGGAGACCAAAGAGCUUGUUCAUCAGCUAGACCCUCAUGAACUAGACGAUGAGGAAGAUGACUUCCGGUAGUACGGCCGAUCCGAUGAGCUCGGCAUAACAUAUUGUUGUUGUUCAAUGCUCGAUAUCUUCUACCCGCCACUUCAAAUUCAUGUCUAUGGCGA